AUGAUUGUAUCGUUCUGCGAGUCUCCGACCAGCGACGUGGAAAUGCGGAGCGGGCGCGGCCGGGGGAAGCGGAUGCGCCCCAGCAGCAACGCGCCGCUGAACGACAACAGCAACUCCUCCGACAACAAAGGCAGCGGCAGCAGCAAGACGCGCGGCGCCGCCGCCGCGGCCAGCAGCAAAGGGCGGCGAGGCAGCCAGACGGCGGGCGGCCCCGAGGACGCCAAGGCCAGCCCUCUGUCCUCCGCCAAGAGGAAGACCAAGCCGGCCUCGGACAUGGAGCCCACCUCCAGCUCCGAGGACACCAAGGCGUCCAAGCGCAUGAGGACCAACUCCACGCCCAACUCGACGGGCGCCGCCCUCCCGCUCGCCGUGGGGAAAGUUGACGCCCUGCCGCCGCCACAACUAGACCGCGCCUGCCCGUCCCCGGUGCUCAUCGACUGCCCGCACCCGAACUGCAACAAGAAGUACAAGCACAUCAACGGGCUCAAGUACCACCAGGCCCGAGCGCACAACGACCACGAUGACGUCCGGUUGGACCAGGACGCCGACAGCGAAUACGGCGACGAGCCCGCCUCGCUCCACCCGGACCCGGCCUCCUGCAACGGCGCCGCCAUCUCCCCCGCGCGCUCCGCCACGCCCAAGGGACGCGCCUUCCCCGACGCGCCUUCCCCUUCGCCUUCGAAGCUGACGUCGAAGGGGAAGAAGAAGGCGGGAGAAGCCGAGCCAGAGGCGCCGGACGCCGGCGAGGACGCGGCCUGUUUGACGGACGACGCCAGCAACGACGGGAUGGACGACAGGAAGGCGAAGAAGGCGGCGCCCGGCGGCAAAACUGGCGAUAAACUGGCGCAGAAAGGCGCGAAGCCGCCCGGCCGCCCUGUCGCGCCCAACGCUCCUUCGCCGUACGCCCUGCAGGCGUCCUCCCCCGCCGUUCUGGGCUCGGUGGUUCAGCCCGUCCCCAAGAGCCCCCAGCUGAAGAGCACGCAGCCCAAAGCGCCGCCAGCGCUGGGGGACGCCGCGACCAGCCCCACGCUCGGCAAGGACAAGAAGAAGAAGGAUAAGAAGAAGAGGGAGGGAGGGAAGGAGGGAGACAGUCCGAAGGGAAAGGGCGCCAGGCCGGAGGAAGGGAAGAGCCCGUACUCGGAGUCCCCGGACGGCGCCUUGCUCAACGGCUCAUCGGACGCACAGCAGAGCCGCCUGGCGAGCAUCAAGGCCGAGGCCGACAAGGUGUACAGCUUCUCGGACAACGCGCCCAGCCCGUCCAUCGGCGUGGCGAGCCGCAUCGAGGCCGGCCUCGGGCCGCAGCUCAACCAGAACGGCGCCGACAGCGCGUCCGUCAAAACCGGCAGCCCGGCCUACUCCGACAUCUCGGACGCCGGCGAGGACGGCGAGGGGAAAGCCGAGAGCGUGAAGGUGAAAACGGAGCCGGACCAGGGGCCUCGCGAAGGCGCCAAGAAGGCGCUGUUCCCCCCUCAGGCGCCCAGUAAAGAGUCGCCGUACUACCCCAACUACGAGUCCUACUACUCCCCGAACUACCCCAACCCGAGCCCGGGCGCCACGCCCACGGCGCCGCCACACGUGGAGGGAGCUCAGGUGAAGGUGAAGAAGGAGGAGGAGCCCGAUGUGUGCGAGGACCUGAAGCUGAAGGUGGAGCCGCCGGAGGAGAGGAAGGUGGAGCCGCCGGGAGCUCACCAGCAGCCGUCCGUCAUCCAGCAGCGCUCCAACGUGUACGCUCAGCCGCUGUACUACAACCAGUACUACGUCCCUCCCUACUCGUACUCGCCAGACCAGGCCUACCACGCGCACCUGCUGGCCUCCAACCCCGCCUACCGCCAGCAGUACGAGGACAGGCAGCGGCUCGCCGACAAGAAGGCCGAGAGCAAGGAGCGGGAGGCGUCCGGGAAGGAGGAGUGGAAGCACAAAGCCUCGGUGCCCCCGAACCUCUCCAGAGCGCCCAGCCUGACCGACCUGGCCGCUAAGGGGGCGCCGAACCAACCGACCAAGCCCAAAGAGACGCCGGCGGCGGCAGAGCAAGCCAAGUCGGUCAUCAUGGCGAAGGGAGAGGACCAAAAGGCCGCCACGGCUGCCCAGCCCGAGGGCCUGAAGAUGAAGCUGAGCGAAGCAGGGCAUCAUGGGAAAGAGGAGGCCAAGCCAGGGGGCGAGCCAGGCAGGCCGGCAGGCAUAGAGCCCGCCAUGUGGUACAGACAGGAGCCGGACUCGCGCUUGUGGCCGUACGUCUACCCCAACAAAUACUCGGAAGCCCCGAAACCUCAGGAGGAGGACCGGUGGAAGGAGGAGAGGGAGAGAGAGAGGGAGAGAGAGAGGGAGAGAGAGAGGGAGCGCGACAGGAAGGGGAAGGAGGAGAGGCCGCGGCUGAAGGACGGCGGCCAGAAAGAGGAGCUGAAAGAGGGGGUGGAGGGCAGGACUCAGCUUCCUCCAGAGGAGCACCGGGGGGGAGGAGCCAAGGAGGCCCGCCCCCCCCACAUGCAGUUCUCCUCCCCUCUGGCGCAGCACCAGGGCUACAUGCCCUACAUGCACGGACCGUACGCGUACAGCCACGGCUACGAGCCGAGCCACCCCGGCUACAGAGGCAUGCCCUCCGUCAUGAUGCAGAACUACCCCGGCUCGUACCUGCCGGCCAGCUACUCGUUCCCCUCGUACGGGGGGAAGGUGUCUGCGGGGGAGGAGGGGGAGAAGGCCUCUAGGUCCAGUCCCACGGUGAAGCAGCCCGGCGAGGCCAAAGCCCUGGAGCUGCUGCAGCAGCACGCCAGCCAGUACAAGAGCAAGUCCCCGUCCGUCCAACAGGACAACAAGACGCCCCACGAGAGGGACCGGGAGCGGGACAGAGACCGGGGGGGUGGGGGAGAGGGCGACCGGCCGCGCUCAUCUCCGUCCCAACGCAUGCUGCCUUCACAUCAUCACCUGGGAUACCCACUGCUGUCGGGACAGUACGACCUGUCCUACGCCUCAGGUCUUUCCUCUUCAGCCAUCGUCGCCAGUCAGCAAGCGUCCGCCCCGUCCAUGUACCCCCCCGCACGGAGGUGAGAACGGCACACCUGAUUGGCUGAUCUCCACCCGCCCCGAGUCAUGUGACUGGAUCCAGUGAGGAAGCAUUUCGGUGUCGACAUCAGUUCAAUGGUGUUUGUGUGCGUUGGAUUUCUCCGCCCGGUCCUCCAGCCGCCUGUUCCCCCGCCCCUGGCUGGACUGCCGAGACUCGGAGAGGAUUCAAAUCUACUGGUCCUGCUGGUCCUGCUGGUCCUGCUAGUUCCAGAUGGUACCGGGGUGCUGGGCUCAUGGACAAAGAGGACCUUGCGGGUGGAGACACGUUGAGAUGCUGUCGUGACGCACUGAGGAGCAGCUGCUGCUGUUGUGGAGCCGGGCCGGUCGGACAGUUCAGGGCGGGGUCAGACAGUUCUUGGCGGGUCAGACAGUUCAGGGCGGGGUCAGACAGUUCAGGGCGGGACGGACAGUUCUUGGCGGUGUCAGACAGUUCUUGGGCGGGUCAGACAGUUCUGGGCGGGUCGGACAGUUCUGGGCGGGUCGGACAGUUCAGGGCGGGUCGGACAGUUCAGGGCGGGUCGGACAGUUCAGGGCGGGUCAGACAGUUCUGGGUGGGUCAGUCAGACAGUUCAGGGCGGGUCAGACAGUUCUGGGUGGGUCAGACAGUUCUGGGCGGGUCGGACAGUUCUUGGCGGGUCGGACA